AUGCACUUUGACGAAUACAACGCGGCUCUUAUGGAUCCGCUAGGCGAAUCGCUUGCAUCUUUGGCCAAACAAGUGUUUCCGGCUUCGCUCACGUGCCGCAACGCCGUCUAUUCUCGCCAUUGCUUUCCCAGUACGGCUGUCACCAACAACCACCUUGAAAGACUCGCGCACGUGAUCGCCGCUUGUAUGGGCAACAUGUAUAUUGCCCACAAGGGCGCCAAUUGGCAAGAGGAGAAACUCGCCGAGUUGCUGGAAGCAGGGCUUGUGUUUGUAUGGUACUCGCUUGGCGAAGAAAUCGCCGCGUUCGUCGCUUUCAAGCCCGUUCAGGAAGACCGCAAAGAUCUCUAUCUAUAUGAGAUCCAGGUGAUCGAAAAGUGCCAGCUGAUGCAGUGGGGCCGCCAGCUCAUGGCAAGUUUCCAUGCGGUGGCUAAGCUUGCCGACGAAAAGAAAAACGACCCGCACUUGGCCCAGUCCGAACAUCUUGCCAUGGAGGGCACUAGUCUCACGGUUUUCGGCGACAACCACCGGGCUUUUGAGUGGUACACUCGCCUAGGGUACGUGUUGGCGCCGGGAUCUCCACAGUGCCGAAGGCUUCGGUCAGGUGCAGUGAUCAGACCAGACUACUUCUUACUCACCAGAAGCCUCUAG